AUGCUGAGCCUCCAGGCAGACCCUCCAACAACCACCGAAUUUCAUACAACAGAAGCUAAGCUGUCCACCAAUGAAAAAGUAACUACACUGCCACCUAAUUCCACUAAACAACCAACGACUACAAUGCAGCUAACACCACAGAAAACUACUGAGGAACCAACAACCGGAGUUAUAUCAACUACUGAGUUACCAAAAACCACUGAGCAAACAAUCAUAGCAUCAACAAUAACAACUGACUCACCAACGACAGAAAAUCAACGAACCACACGGUCACCAAAAAACACUGAGCAACUAACAACCAAAUUCUUGCUAACAACCACGGUGUCAACGACAAAAGUAGAACCAACCACACGGCCACAAGUAACCACCGCGCAAUCAAUCACCACGAUGCAACAAACAACUACUGUGUCACCAACGGCCACUCAGCAACCAACAUCCACUGAUGAACCAACAACCACAGUUUUACAAACAACCAAAGUGUUACCAUCGACCUCUGAGCAACCAAUAACCACUGAUGAGCCAACAACCACAAUUUUACAAACAACCACUGUAACCGCCGUCGACUGUGCCACCAACCACCAAAUUGCCACCAACCACUGCUGUGACACUAAUCAGCACAGUGCCACCAAACACAGAAUCGCAGUCAACUGUGCCACCAACUACCACAGUAUCACUAACAACAGAACCGCCGACAACUUGCCACCAACAACAGAACCACCGACAACUGGUCUACCAACCAGCACAGUGCCAUUAACCAGCACAGUGCUAACAACAGAAUCGCCGCCAACUGUGUCACCAACCAGUACAGGGCCACCAACAACAGAAUCACCAUCAAUUGUGAAAUCAACCACCACGGUGCCACCAAAAACAGAAUCGCCGACUGUGCAACCAACCAGCACAGUGCCACCAACAGAAUCGCCAUCAACUGUGAAACCAACCAGCACAAUGCCAUCAACAACAGAAUCUACCACAAUACAGUUAACAAGCACAGUAUCAUCAGUAACUUCUGAACCACCAACUACCAAAGUACUAACAACAAUACUACCGCCAACAACUACAAUGCCACCAAUAACCUCUGAGCCAACCACUACACUACCCACAACAACUAGCCAGGAACAAACAUCUGUUCAACCAGAAACUACACAAAAUACUUUAUCAGAACUGCAGCAAAGAAAAGCACAGUUACUUCAAGAAAUUGAAAGACUUGAGAACCAGAUUGCUGCCUCCAACGCCACUCUCACAGCUCUUCAAAAGACCAAUCAAGCCCUGCAACGAGUCAUUGAAGCCAUCGAGCAAGCCACUGGCAAUUCCGGAAGGAAGCGGCGAUCGCUUACUUACUCUAUCGAUCAAGAUGGCGACACUGUCACGGUCGAUCCAUAUUGUGAGGUAAAUGAGGACAAUGCCGUCACUGGCAACCCAACAGAUCUGCUUCUUACAAUGAUCGAUGAUCUCUCCACCAAGCUGGCCAACCUCACAACCGACCAAAUCACUUGCUUCAAUCAACUCAUUGAGAAUUUCGCUACACUCAUAGAGAAUGGAACCUUUGUCAUCGAUUCCAGUGUAUUAGAUAACAUCACGUCCGCGGUCGAAGCAGCAAGCAGCAUCGUGGGAGACCAAGUCCAGUCGGUUCAGUUGCUCGUCAAUAUUUUGCAAGAGCAAAAACAAAAUAAAACGGAUGAGCUUGACCAAGUGGAGAGCCAACUAGCAGCAACAACAGGUAGAAAACCAGUACACAAAGUUUUAUCGAUGUGUAUGAGCGUAUUUUCAUUUGAAGGUACACACCCUCCAACAACGACCAUUGAGCAACCAACAACCACUGAUGAACCAACAACCACUGUGUCUCCAACGACCUCUGGACAACCAACAAUCACUGAUGAACCAACAACCACAACAGAACCGCCGACAACUGUGCCACCAACAACAGAACCGCCAACAACAGAACCGCCGACAACUGUGCCACCAACAACAGAACCGCCGACAACUGUGCCACCAACAACAGAACCGCCGACAACAGAACAGCCGACAACUGUGCCUCCAACAACAGAACCGCCGACAACUGUGCCACCAACCACCACACCGACAACUGUGCCACCAACCACCACAGUGCCACCAACAACAGAACCGCCGACAACUGUGCCACCAACAACAGAACCCCCGACAACUGUGCCACCAACAACAGAACCGCCGACAACUGUGUCACCAACAACAGAACCGCCGACAACUGUGCCACCAACAACAGAACCGCCGACAACUGUGCCACCAACCUCCACAGUGCCUCCAACAACAGAACCACCGACAACUCUACCACCAACCACCACAGUGCCUCCAACAACAGAACCACCGACAACUGUGCCACCAACCACCACAGUGCCUCCAACAACAGAACCGCCAACAACUCUGCCACCAACCACCACAGUGCCUCCAACAACAGAACCGCCAACAACUCUGCCACCAACCACCACAGUGCCUCCAACAACAGAACCGCCGACAACUCUGCCACCAACCACCACAGUGCCUCCAACAACAGAACAGCCGACAACUGUGCCACCAACCAGCACAGUGCCUCCAACAACAGAACAGCCGACAACUGUGCCACCAACCACCACAGUGCCACCAACGACAGAACCACCGACAACUCUACCACCAACCACCACAGUGCCUCCAACAACAGAACAGCCGACAACUGUGCCACCAACCACCACAGUGCCACCAACAACAGAACCGCCGACAACUGUGCCACCAACCACCACAGUGCCACCAACAACAGAACCGCCAUCAACUGUGCCACCAACCACCACAGUGCCUCCAACAACAGAACCGCCGACAACUGUGCCACCAACCAGCACAGUGCCUCCAACAUCAGAACCGCCAACAACAGUGCCUCCAACCACAGUGCCACCAACAACAGAACCGCCGACAACUGUGCCACCAACCAGCACAGUGCCACCAACAACAGAACCACCGACAACUCUGCCACCAACCACCACAGUGCCACCAACAACAGAACCGCCGACAACUGUGCCACCAACCACCACAGUGCCACCAACAACAGAACCGCUGACAACUGUGCCACCAACCACCACAGCGCCUCCAACAACAGAAUCGCCGACAACUGUGCCACCAACCACAGUGCCACCAACAACAGAAUCACCAUCAACUGUGCCACCAACCACCACAGUGCCCACCAACAACAGAAUCACCAUCAACUGUCCGACCAACCACCACAUACUAACAACAAUACUACCGGCAACAACUACAAUGCCACCAAUAACCUCUGAGCCAACCACUACACUACCCACAACAACCAUCCAGGAACAAACAUCUGUUCAACCAGAAACUACACAAAAUACUUUAUCAGAACUGCAGCAAAGAAAAGCACAGUUACUUCAAGAAAUUGAAAGACUCGAGAACCAGAUUGCUGCCUCCAACGCCACUCUCACAGCUCUUCAAAAGACCAAUCAAGCCCUGCAACGAGUCAUUGAAGCCAUCGAGCAAGCCACUGGCAAUUCCGGAAGGAAGCGGCGAUCGCUUACUUACUCUAUCGAUCAAGAUGGCGACACUGUCACGGUCGAUCCAUAUUGUGAGGUAAAUGAGGACAAUGCCGUCACUGGCAACCCAACAGAUCUGCUUCUUACAAUGAUCGAUGAUCUCUCCACCAAGCUGGCCAACCUCACAACCGACCAAAUCACUUGCUUCAAUCAACUCAUUGAGAAUUUCGCUACACUCAUAGAGAAUGGAACCUUUGUCAUCGAUUCCAGUGUAUUAGAUAACAUCACGGCCGCGGUCGAAGCAGCAAACAACGUCGUGGGAGACCAAGUCCAGUCGGUUCAGUUGCUCAUCAAUAUUUUGCAAGAGCAAAAACAAAAUAAAACGGAUGAGCUUGACCAAGUGGAGAGCCAAUUGGCAGCAUCAGCAGGUAAGAAGUUAUGUCUACAUAUUGGACUUUAUCCAUGUGUUUCAUGCUGUAUUAAUGUCUUUGUAAGCAAUAUCACCAACAAACCCGCCAACAACUAUUCUACCAACUACAGUUCUACCAACUUCCGCAGUGCCACCUACAACAGAACCGCCGACAACUGUGCCAACAACGAACACAGUGCCUCCAACAACAGAACCACCGGCAUCUAUGCUACCAACUACCACAAUGCCUCCAACAACAAAACUGCCGAUAACUGUACCACCAACAGAACCGCCGACAACUUGCCACCAACAGAACUGCCGACAACUCUGCCACCAACCACCACAGUGCCACCAACAGAACCGCCGACAACUCUGCCACCAACCACCACAGUGCCACCAACAACAGAACCGCCGACAACUCUGCCACCAACCACCACAGUGCCACCAACAGAACCACCGACAACUCUGCCACCAACCAGCACAGUGCCACCAACAACAGAACUGCCGACAACUCUGCCACCAACCACCACAGUGCCACCAACAACAGAACCGCCGACAACUCUGUCACCAACCACCACAGUGCCACCAAUAAGAGAAUCGACGUCAACUGUGCCACCAGCCAGUGCAGAGCCAUCAACCAGUAUGGUGCCACCAACCAAAACAGGACCACCAACCAGCACAGUGCUACCGACAACAGAACUUCUGACAACUGUGCCAUCAACAACCACAGUGUCACAAAAAAACACAGGGCCACCAACCACUGACCAACAAAAGUCUACUGAGCCACAUACAACCUCAGAGAUACCAUCUACCACAGGUUCACAGUCAACCAAUAAGCCACCAGCUUCUGUUCAACUGUCAACCGCUUAUACGACAGCAACUGCAGAACAGUCAGCGGCCACUGCGCAAACGGUCACCACAUUACUGAUAGCAAAUGAAACAUCAACCAACACUGAGACACCAACAGCAACCACAUCCCUGCUGACAACCCCUGAGACACCAACAACCACAGAAUCACCAACAACUAAACCAAUAACUUUAUCAGCAUUAGAAAAAAGACGGGAAGAGUUACUACAGGAAAUCGAAGACCUGGAAAAACAAAUUGCUGCCACCAACACCUCCGUCACUGCUCUCCAGGAAAUACAAGCAGCCCUGCAGGAGGUCACCGAGGCCAUAGAACAAGCCACGGGCAAUUCUGGAAGAAAGCGACGGUCGCUGACUUAUUCCAUCAACCACGGUGACGACGCCGUCAUGGUCGAUCCCUAUUGUGAGGUCAAUGAAGCCGAUGCCUUGACUGGCGACCCAGCAGAAGUGCUUCUUACAAUGAUCGACGAUCUCUCUGCCAAGGUGUCCAAUCUCACGGCUGACCAAAUAAGCUGCUUCAGCCAGCUCAUCAGUAAUUUUGCAACAUUCAUAGUAAACGGAACUUUCGUUAUUGACUCCAGCAUGAUCGAUAACAUCACGGCUGCUGCAGAAGAUGCAAGCAUCGUCGUGGGAAACCAAAUUCAAUCUUUGCAAUCACUCAUUAGCAGCUUGCAAGCACAAAAAGAAAACCUGACAGCAGAGCUUGCACAACUCGAAAGUCAACUAUCAUCAACAGAAUUACCAUCGACUACCCACGAGGUAACCGAACCGUCCAGUGUCCUGCCAACAACCAUUCAGCCACCAACAACCACGGAGCCACCAACAACCAUUCAGCCACCAACAACCACGGAGCCACCAACAACCACGGAGCCACCAACAACCACUGAGUCGCCAACAACCACGGAGCCUACAGAAAUACCCACUACCAAAUUACCGGAUAUUCCUGAUAUAUCAAAACGUCAAAAGGCUAGAAAGAUCUACCUGCUUAUUCAACAAAUCGUUAAAACCUAGAGUAAGUUCCGGUUAUGCCAGCUUUAGAGGGUCUGAGUAGAUGCAGACCGUCAUUGCAACUUUGAAAACAUCCUGCAAGUCAUGUUACUGAUACUUCGGGCAACUCCGAUGCAGGGAGACAGAUGGGUAUUAUGGGGUAUAGGGAGACGGGCAGUAAGAAAUGCAAUUAUGUUUUCUUUUUUCCUUUCUUUCUUUUUCAUUGUUAUUUAUUUAUACAUCUUCUUCGACUUUGUCUUAACCCAAGUCCAUGAAGAAGAAAUUUCCCAAAGAACGUGAUGUACAUCCCUUGAAUUAAGUAAAAAUAUAAGCUGAAUUAACAAAUAAUUAAAAUCAAAGAAAAAUCA